AUCAUGACUUCAAGUGGCAUCCCGUUGGAUGCCGCUAAUCUGUUGUCAACGUCGCUGGAAGGCAUUCUAUAUGGCUUCUCGGUCCUCAUGUUUAUGGGUACCAUCUGGGCUUUGACCUACAAAUGUCAACUGCAGGACGUUAAUCGCCCGAUCACUGUGGUGGCUAUCUUGCUAUUUACAAUGAGCACCGCGCACAUCAUUGUGGACAUCAUUCGUAUCGAAGAUGGGCUGGUGAAGCAUCGUGACACGUUUCCAGGUGGGCCGACCUCGUACUUUGGGGACUUUACCCUCAAAACAUACGCGACCAAGCAUGCGUUAUACCUCUUGCAAACUCUACUUGCUGAUGGGGUGGUGAUUUAUCGCUCUUAUGUUGUUUGGCAAUCCAUCCGGGUUAUAAUAAUACCGAGCAUGCUGUGGUGCGGUGUCGCAGUGACGGGUGUUUUUGCAAAUUACAGUAUUUCGCAAACCAGUGGUUCUGAAGACAUCUUCGCCAAAGAGCUUGCACAAUGGAUUACUGCAUUCUUACCCUUGACUCUUGCGACUAAUCUAUCGAGUUCAGGAUUACUGGCAUAUCGCAUCUGGAUGAUUGAACGCAAUAUCUCUGCAGUUCGCACUAUGAAGGGCACUAUGAUGCCGAUAGUGCGCGUGCUUGUCGAUGCCGCUGUUUUGUAUUCUGUGGUGCUCGUUACCUUACUGAUAUGUUUCCUUUGUUCGAAUAAUGGAGAGCUUGUUUUAUUGGAUAUGGCCAUGCCAAUCAUAUCAAUUGCCUUCUACAUGGUGCUCAUUCGCAUCGCAAUCAAUAGACAAACGACUUACCUUUCGACUGGGGGAAUAAUCGGUGAGAUGGAACAAGGAAAACUGCGGCCUUUGGAGGUCCAUAUAUGCCAGCUUACGCUCGAUGACGGUCCCUCGGCCUACGGAAUAGGGAAUGAAGCUGAAGACCGACCAUUAACAUACAGGGUACCUUUCGACGUAUAAUAGGCCUGAACGCCAUUUUUCGCGCUUUUUCGCAGAGAUUGGUUGUGCGUAAUUUUACAUAACUGACACUCGUUCGUUGUACCAUCACUUGCUGUUCCAAAUGUCGUCAUUAUAUUCCCUGUCGCUCUGUGCACAAUUGAACUCAACUCUAAUAGAUUGCAUCAGCUUGUAAGUAGGAAGAACUACGAUAAAGGUCGGGGCGAGGAUAUAGCAUAUUGCUGGGUUGGAAACGGCGUAAC